AUGCCCCGCAGCACCCGCUCCCGAAAACCAAAACACCGCACCACCUCCCGCCCAAAACCCAAACCAACCACUGCCCCCACCGCCGACGCCGCUUCUUCCAGCGCCGACGCCGGCGCCGACGACAACGGCCCAGUAUUCUUCUGGAAGCCGCACGAAGUUCCUUACGGCAUCUUCUCGCAAUGGUACGAAGCGCCGUUCACCGCGCCCGACCCCACGGGCACUGGUACCGUCACGUAUAACACCGCUGAACAAUUCAUGAUGCACCAAAAAGCCCUCCUCUUCAACGACCCCGCUAUUGCCGCUGAGAUCUUGGAGACCACUGACCCGCGACUGCAGCGGUCGCUCGGGCGUGCGGUGAAGGGCUUCGACGAGGGCGCGUGGGUCGCGAACCGGAGCAGGAUAGUCGAGGAGGGGAGCUACUAUAAGUUUAUAGGAGACCCGACGGUGUUGUUGGGGACGGGAGAGAGAGAGUUGGUGGAGGCGAGUCCGAGGGAUGCGGUGUGGGGGAUUGGGAGAGGGGCGGUGAGGGGCGCGUUAGAGGAUAGGGAAGGGAGGAGGGGUGGGUGGGGGCUGAAUCUUUUGGGGAAGGCGUUGGUGAGGGCUAGGGGGAGGAUUAGGGCGGAGAAGGAGGCGGCGGCGGGGGAGACGGGGGUGGAAGAGGCGGAGAAGACAGAGGUGGUGGUGGGGGAUGGUGAGUGA